CUCUAGGCGAGGCCAAUCUCAACCUCGCAACGCCAUCGCUAGCCCUCUCGUGGACACCUCAUCUCGCGCUGCCGGCCAGCAUCGUGCGUGUCCCUCGUCUUCACCAGCCUCGCCGCGUGGCGUCUCGGAGCUGCGCUAAGCCCUGGCCAUCCGCGUCGUGACCCGCUGGCUGUGAGGCCCGCCACUCCUCCUCCACCAUGCCCGCCGUGACGAUUCCGUCGCCCACCCCCGACGAGACGCCCGCUCGCGACGACGGCUACGACGACUACUACAACUCUGGCGAGAGCUCGCCCCGGAGGCCGCCCGUCUCGCCCCUCACGCCCGUUGCGACCCUCGCCCAGCUGGCGACUGUGCCUGCAGACGCCGAUGGCGAAGAGCGUGUGCUCCCCCCGCAACCCGCGACCUUCAUGAAGCAGCCCGCGCCGGUGCCUAUAUCAGAGAGCGAGAACCCCGAUGUCAUUGCCAUGCGGUCCGCCAUAUCACUGCUCCAACUACAGCGCGAGAAGAGCAAGCGCGACCUCGUGACGCUCGAGAAACUGAAGACGGCCGCCGUGGCCGAGCCCGAGGCCUUUGUGCGCGAGUUGCGUGCCGGGCGACUACAGUCUGCAAACCCGGCCUCGAAUAUCCUGGCGCCUACGCUCGCUGACCCUGACACUGGCGGAAUGUCGAAUGGAACCGGCGGGCGGCAUGAAACCCGAAAGGACUCUGCGGAUACGUUGCCACCCGAGCUGAAGUCGAAAUUCGCUCCAGUGCCUGCCCCGCAAAAUAUAUUCCGCACUCCACCAGUCAACUGGGCAAAAUACCACAUCGUGGGCGAAUCACUCGACAAGCUGCAUGAAGAGCAGAGGCAGCGACCGAGCUCGGGCGAGCCUUCUCGAGAUCAGAGAGCACCCCUCCAUGUCAUUGCGGCGCCCUACUCACCUUUCACGGAUAGGGUCGGCGAGAUACAUCCUAUGCAGACACGGAGAGGAUCUAAGAAACCUUCACCAUAAGAGAGGAGCGCCGGAGACGACAAACCCGAUAGGAGAUAUUUACGAUUUAUGUUUUACGGUAGAGACGGGUAUAGAAAAAACAUUCCUAUCCUCAUGGGAGCAUGCAUCAGCUGGGAUGCCGGUCAGGUGGUUUUCUGAGCGUUGAUUCAAAUGUAAUAAUCGUGUGGCCG